UUUCAAAUUUUCUAUUUAUUUUUCGCUGUCUGUUUGGUUGCUGAGAAAAUUAAGCGAAAGAAAAUUUUUUAGGUUUGAGAAAAUUGAUUGCUGAAGUCGAUUUAAGUUUAUUUUAUUUCUCAUAGUAGCUGAGAUGGUUAGGUUUUUCUAGUUUUUUUGGUUAUGAACAUUAAUUUUCUUUAGCUACAUUAUUUCUCAGCACAAACUAAAACAUCAAGAUGCUUCUAGAGAAUGUGGAAGUUUAAUAACUGUUUUUUGUGCAUCAGGACCAUGCCCUAGAGUUCAUGAUCAAAAGUUGAAAGACAGGAUGGAACUUAAAUAUGUAUUACAAGCGGUAUGCUAAGGUGUUGCUGGUUUUUCUUUUUGAGGUAACUGAUCUAAACAUUUUGAUCAGAUCCUUGCAAGGGGUAGGGAGAGAUAAUUGAACCCUGAUCAACAUAGAAUGUUUACUAGGGAGCUAAAUUUAUUGACUCUUGCCCGAUGCAUGUGGCAUCUGGGACAUUUUUGUCAUGUCCUUUCUAGACCUAUGACAUUUCUUACAAAGAAAUGCUUAAGAAAUCAACUUUAUUGUACAAGGGGGAACGGGAAAAAAAUACUAUAUGAUCUAUGUAAUUUGGAGUUGUAAUAGCCAUGAAAAAUUCUAAUUGUAUAAGUUGAUAUAAUAGUAGUUGAGUGUUUUUCAUACCAUUGAUGCUUAGUCCUUGACACCUUGUUAUUGGAUUUUCUUCGUACUAGUAUCCCCUCUCAAAGACAUUCCCAUCAUGAUAGGCACCAUCGGAGAUAAUUGGGGCUUGUUUACUUGCAAUAAAAUUUUCUGUCUGUUUUUUUAUCUUUAUGAACAUAAGGAUAUUGGCGAUAUCCUGGAUCUAACUAUGUAACUUUAUGUCUCUUCCUGUUUUAUUAAUGGUAUCGUUCCUGGAUAAUGUAACUGCAUGGUUGAUGCACAUAGAAGAGUAACUUCUCCUUUUUGUCGACUCUGGUAUCUUUUCCUGUUUGACCUGUCUCAAACGUUGUCCAUUUUGAAACAUUUGUUGGGUAUAUUUGACCUUCUGAGUUAAUUGUCCUUACCUUAUCUGAUAUGUUAAAAGCUGAGAUGGUAUUAUUGUAAGAAUGAAGCUAAUACUAGGCAAACACAUUGGUUAAAAUUGCCAUAAAGUUUUGAUGUUUCCAUAGGGGAUAAUCUUUGGGGAGACAAGAAACCCUAUGGUAAUCUGGGGUAAUCUCAGUUCAGUUGAGAAGAAAUUAUGGUAAUUCAUUUUUCUGUAAUUAUAUUUUAGAUGCAAUAUAGCUUUUAAAACUCGUAACAACUGCCUCACACUUAUAAGCUAUAACUUACCAUGUUUAGAGAAAUAAUGUUCCUCGUUGUGGUAAAUUCACGGAAGGAAUUUUUAAAUUAGUGCUUAUGGCUAUGAGUUGCCAAAAGAUUAGAUUGAAUAAUAUGGAUGGUAAUUGGUAAAUCAUUUUAAUUAAUUAGUCUGCAGUUCUUUGUAAUAAAUUGGUGAGAUGAUCCUUUCUUUCAUAGGUUUUGAAGACAAUAGCUUUUCUUUAAUUUUAAUUAUGUGCUACAUUUAAUACUUGUAGUUUGCUAAGAUUAUAGGCAUUCGAACAAUGAGCAAAGUGGGUAAAAUAUAACUUUAAGGUUUUCAGAUAUUGUCUGUCUGUUUUGUCUUCAAUAGGUUUUGUGGUUGAUUUUUCUUACUUCUAUUGUCAUGAAGGUGUAAACACUUGUGACUCUAAAAGGCCCUGUGGUUUAGGUUAUAUUCUUUCUGUUGCUUUGGCAUCCAAUACCGCUGCAUUUGUUUAUCCCAUUUGCUUUCUUGCUACUUAUUAUUUUCCCAUGUAAAUUGCAGACUGUAUCUUGCCUCGUUUACAAAAAUAGCUUACCUGAGUUAUUUUGCAACCUCUGAUUUGUAGAUUGAGUUGUCAGAACCUUUUAUGCUUUUCCUGGUCAACAUAUAUUUUUCAUGAUUGUGCUGUGGGAUUCAUAUUUUAAGCUGCUGUUUGAAAUUUGUGACUUUAGUUUUGAGAAGUCCCCAAGACACGAUGCUUACGUGCCCAAAUUUGAAGCUGAACUGGCUCAGUUUUGUGAGAAAUUGGUGAUGGACCUUGACAGAAGGGUUAGGCGUGGACAAGAACGCCUUGCUCAAGAGGUGGAAACAGCACCACUUACUCCACUAUCUGCUGAAAAGUCUGAACAGCUAUUUGUCUUGGAGGAAAAAAUAAAAAACCUGCUGGAACAAGUUGAGACCCUUGGUGAAGCUGGAAAGGUGGAUGAAGCUGAGGUGCUUAUGAGAAAGGUGGAGACGCUCAGUGCUGAGAAGACAGCUUUGACUCAACAACCUCAAAAUGAUAAAUUAUUGAUGCUUGUGCAGGAGAAAAAAAUGGCUUUAUGUGAGGUUUGUGGAUCUUUUCUAGCAGCUAAUGAUGCUGCUGAGAGGACACAAUCCCAUGUUACAGGAAAGCAACAUAUUGGUUAUGGCAUGGUUCGGGAUUUCUUCUCUGAGUUCAAGGAAGCUAAGGCGAAAGCAAAGGAAGAGGAAAUAUUAGCAAGAGAGAAAGAAGUCGAAGAACAGAGAAAGCAGAGGGAGAAGGAAUAUGAGAAUAGGAGGAGGAGAAGUGGUUCAGGUGAUAGGGACAAAUAUCGUGAUCGAGACAAGGGUAGGGACAGAUAUUGGGAACGUGAUUUGGAUCGUGAAAGGUCUCGAGAGUGGAAUGGGAGAGGUAGUAGGGAUGGAGAGAGGGAUUGGAGGUACAAGAAUGGCGGAGAUGGGGGCAGGGAUAGGCACCAGAACCGCAGAAGAUCCCGUUCCCCUGGUAGACAUAGUCACAGGAGAUCCUCAAGAAGUCCAGUUCACCGAUAUUAGUGCAUUCUAUACAUAAAUGUUUUGGCUUUGAAAGCAAAUGAGCUUUGUAGCAACUCCCUUUCAUCAAAAUUACUAGAAAAGAAAAGGGUUGAGGUAGGUAUAACAAUAUUAUUGUAACUUCUUUUAUCUUGUUUUGACUAAAUUUAUAUUAUGCAUCUGUGGACGUUGUUUUGAAUCUCUAUAGUCAAAGCUGCUGAGAAAGACGAUGUCUUUCCAAAUUUGAGGUAACAGAUUAAAUUGCAUUUA